CUAAGAUCUUAUGCAGAAUCACUACCCUGAAUAACGAGAAAUUGUCCUGCUGAAGAAUCGCAACACAUUUUUUUUGUCUGGAAUAGGAGUUCUUAUCUUUUAUACGUAAGUGAAUAACAUGAACGAAUUGUUUUGUAAUAAGUCUUCGCAAUAUUUCCCUAUAUACGCCGAACUUGCAGAUCUUCGAUCGACUUUGAUCGCCAACUGUGUCUUCAACAAUUGUCUAACUUACACCACCAUCAUGCUGAAUAUUGUGACAAUUUACGCCAUACACAAAACCUCGACCAUAGCAAAAACUUUAAAAACUCUGCUGCUGAGUCUUGCCUGCUCUGAUGUUGCGGUUGGUGUGUUUACUCAUCCAUUAUACACUUUUUUUCUGGUUAAGUGUCUUCAACUGGAAAAUCCUGCCUGUAAAACUCAACAAAUGUUGAUGAUUUCAAGUAGUUUAUUUUCAGUUGCCUCGUUCUUUGGUGUUGUGGCUGUAAGUGUUGACAGGUUCUUAGCUGUUCAUCUUCAUCUCAGAUACCAAGAGCUCGUAACUCAAAGGCGUGUUGUUAUUGUGGUGGCCGGCGUAUGGGUGUUUAGUGCAUCUCUUUCUUUAUUGGUAUUGUGGGGGUUAGUCAACACUCGAGCUCUUAUUAUUACAGUUUCUGCGUCUUUCAGUUUUAUCAUGACAUGUAUGGUGUACAUCAGGAUAUAUUUAAGUGUUCGACGACACAGGAGUCAUAUUCAGUCCAUGAAAAUACGAGACGAAGCUCGGUGUGAUGAAAUGAAAAACUUUGCUGUUCUCAUUAAAUCAACAGUUGGUAUAUUCUACGUAUAUCUCGUGUUUUUAAGUUGUUAUUUGCCUGUUGUCAUUUGCACUGCUGUUAUUCGAAUCUAUGGCUCGAAUUCCGUUUUGAAAAGACUCUAUCUUUUCUCAUUGACUCUUGUAUAUCUAAAUUCUUCCUUGAACCCUGUCAUUUACUGCUGGAAGAUGAGACACAUUCGACACGCUAUCAUGGACAUACUGUGGAAGGUGUCUCAAAGAAGAAAUCAUCCAUCUCGCGUAAUUUACAAUCGGCCAUCGAGCGUGGUCCAUGUUGAUAACUGAUCCACUCUGGGUGGCUUACAAGGACUAUCCGUAGUUUAUAAAUUUACGACAAAAGUAAACAGGGACAAAGAAGAUUAAUCACAAACUGAGGGAUAUGACCCGUCAGCCAAAUAAUUGCUCGGCUCCGAAUUUAGCUACACAACAUGUCAAAUUGUCGCAACUGAGGAGAAAAAGGCCACUUUGAACAGGGAAGCUGGUUUUGUUAUCGAUGGACCGUGAGAUUGUAAUUACGGAUGGCAAGGAAAGAAGGAUAGCAGACAUGAUAUUAUUCAUAUCAAAGUUUUUGUCGCUGUGAAUUUGAAAUAAAGACUGAAAAAAAUGGGAGCGGGUGCAGACCUGAGCUUCGUGCAAGGGUUUCUUUUAUCCAUUGAAAAGUUUGCCCACGACUGCGAAAUGUUUCGUCAACUCAGGCUCUUAAAACUAGUGACAACUGAAUGAGGUGCCAGCUCGGAAUAAAACAGGAGG